UCCCUCGACCCGCCUGCGCGCCGCGCUCCCGCCUCCCGCCGCCGUGUCCCGGACGCGGCCCCGCCCCCGGCGCGCGGUGCGCAGGCGCGGCGGGAGGGGGGGGGGGCCGGCGAUGAGCGUCCUGCUGCCCAACAUGGCGGACUUCGACACGAUCUACGAGCUGGAGGAGGAGGACGAGGAGCAGGACGAGCCCGAGCCCGUGGUGCGCAGCCAGGAGCUGCCGCGGCCCCGUGACGCGCCCGACCCCGUGGCGGUGCGGGGCGCCGGGCACAUCACCGUGUUUGGCUUGAGCAACAAGUUUGAUACAGAAUUUCCUUCUGUUCUGACAGGGAAGGUGGCCCCCGAGGAGUUCAAGACCAGCAUCAGCAGAGUGAAUGCCUGUCUGAGGAAGAACCUGCCCAUCAACGUGAAGUGGCUGCUCUGCGGCUGCCUCUGCUGCUGCUGCACCCUGGGCUGCAGCCUCUGGCCUGUAGUCUGUCUUAACAAAAGAACUAGAAGAUCAAUUCAGAAGUUAUUAGAAUGGGAAAAUAACAGACUAUAUCAUAAGCUUGGUUUGCACUGGAAGCUGAGUAAAAGGAAAUGUGAAACUAGCAAUAUGAUGGAGUAUGUAAUAUUAAUAGAGUUCUUACCAAAAUAUCCCAUAUUUCGACCUGACUGAGGAACAACAUUGGUCUUUUAUGUUACCUAUCAUUUUCUACCCUUAGUGCCUUGUAGAUGAUUUUGGAAAGAAGAUGGUCUACUUUGCUGUGACUUAAAAUGUUCUUCAGUAGAAUAUCUUCCUCGCUGUUACUUUCUUUUGUUAAGAAGAGAACAAUUUGCACAUUUUUUAUGUUAAACGAGGCUUCUAUGUUGCACUCUGAAUUUUUAACAUAAUAACUGAUAGAGUUGCCACUAGGGAUCUGACAUCAGUGCUGCUUCAGCUUGUUCUGAGCAUGCUGCCUUAUUAAUUUCUCAAUUAUUUGCUGUCCUCAAAACGUGCAUCCUAAGGCUGUGUCAUCCUUUAUUCCAUCCUAAAUGUCUCAAUCCUAGAACCCCUCAGUAGGAAUGUCCAGGUAAUUGUCUCGUAGUGAUGAUUUAGUAUAACCUGCUUGCCUAGGACUUGCAAUCAACAGCACUGGGUUUGUCCUGCACCUUGCAAAAUCAUCAGACAUUAGUUUACCCACUCUGGAAUUGUAAAUAUUGACUCUUUGCAUAAUGUAAAGUGUGGUAUGCCAAGGUUUACAGAAUGUAUUAUAGCUCUUACUCUCUUGCCAACAGUCCCACAGUUCAUUUGCUCAUGUCCCUGGAUUGUACAGACCCACCCACACGUGGUUUUAUGGGAAAGCCAUAAGGAGUUUGUACAUACUCUCAGAUGUGUAGGGCUCAGUUGCACUUUGUUUAGUAAAUGGAUGAAAAAUGCAGAGCAUUUCUGUCUGUCUUUUUAUUUUAAAAAAGCAUUUCAGGUGGUGUUUGCAGCACCUGAAAUAGGAAGCUGAAAUGUGUCCACCUCCAAAAAAGCUGCAUUUGUGGGAUAGCUGGCAGCUGCUCUUAACAAAAAAUACUCUAAAGUCUCUUUUUGAGUUAGGAAUAUUUGGAUGUCAAGUUUUGUUUUAAAGUAAGGGGGAAAAAAGGUCUCAUAAUUGGAGAUCUUCAUUACUAAGGAGAAAGAUUUGGAAGAGCUGAAAAUCAAAGCUGAAGUAACACCUUUGUUACUGUAGUGUGAUUGUACUUCAGCAUUUUAACAGUUAAGUGACAUGACAUCCUUUCCAGUGGAAAUGAAUUUUAUCUAAAUCAGUGGCAUUUCCAAACAUGCUGAGGGAGGAAGUGGAGCAGUUGAAAGGGCUCCUGUUUUGGCAGUCAGGCAGUGUCUGGAAAGCCCCAAAUGCCUUGUGGAAUUCAGUGUUAUUUCGGAUACUUCCCUGUUUGCCUGAUCUCAGGAAGGGAAGUAAUUGUAGAAGAACUUCCUGCAAUGACUGACCUAAGCAAUACCACUUGAUAAUAGAAAGCAAAUGAAAAUUGGUGCAAAUUUUCUCCCUUUCCUAACUACAAAUAAUUUAAACCAGCAGACGGCUGAGUAUCUGCAAGUUGGGAUGAAUAUUAUCAUCAGUGUCCAGGCAUUUCUUUGCAGCAACUUGACUUUCUGCAACAUCAUCCCAAGUUGCUUUUUAGUUUCAGGGUGACUUGGGAUUUCCUCUGAAUGUAUUUGCAUACUUUUGGUUUGCAGUAUGGUAUUAAAACACAGUAUUUGUAGGACCAUUGCAUUCUAAUAUGUGUAGUAGGUCAGAUUUCUUUCCACAGUGUUUACAGAAGGCCAGUUUUGUGCAAAGUUUGUGCUGUUCCUCCUGCACAGCUGAGGAGGAUCAGAGUCUGGGAUCUGCACACUUCAUGCAGCAGCUUCAUUUGACUGGUAGAUUGGUGACAGCUGAGUGUGUAAUUGCAUUUGUAAUACAAAUAAAAACCUCUUGUGUGGUUCGAGUUUAAUGUCAGCUACACCUUGCAACUUGCAUUUCCAUCACAGAACCAAGCAAAGUGUUGUCUCCAAUUUAUUUUUAAGUUUUUGGGAUGAGUGUUAACUGGAAGCAGAGAAAAUAAUGGCAGAAAAACACAGGGUAAACCAAAACUGAAAUAGCACACAGCAGUUCUCUGGAUUUCCCUGAGUUUCUGGAGAAAAUGAAGGGAGCUUGGCUUAAUUAACAGAACAAUGGAAGUUUCUUAUUGUUAUGCCAGAACUUUGUCAAUGAUUUUUGUGUUUUGUGCGAGAAGCUCAAGAAAUCCCAGCAAGUUCUUAUUUUCUUCUUUCUGUAACUGUACUUUUCCAUUUGAGAACAGGCACUUUCUGUGGAAUCCCAGAAUAGUUUGGGUUGGAAGGGACCCUAAAGCUCCUCCAGUCCCACCCCCUGCCAUGGGCAGGGACACCUUCCAGGUUGCUCAGAGCUCCAUCCAACCUGGCCUUGAGCACUUCAGCACAUUAAAGUUUACAUUUUAACUAUGUAAAUUCUGUACAUUUUACUUUGUCCUUAAUUAUUAAUUGUGCAGUCUCCAAACCAUGAAUGGGCCUCCUCUUUUGUAUUUUAAUAGACAUUUAACUAUGUGGCCAUAAAGCAACUAGUAAAGAAGGAGAGCCAAAACUGCCAUUUCCAUUAAGCUCCAUGUUUAAUAAGUAGAUAAAUUUGCAUUAAAAUGCAAAGCCAGCAGCAGUUACUAUAUUUGCAUCUGAAAGAUCCAAGCUCAUUGAAAGGUGAGGGCAGCUCUAAGUGCUGCUGUGAGCUCUCUACACAGGUUUUGCUUUGCCUGGGCUCUCCUUUGCUUUAACAUAAAAACAUCCCCAGGUAAUUCUGAAAAUGUCAUUUUUGACAAUAAAGCCGUCAGCAUGAAUUGGUAAACCUGCUUAGGGAGGAUGUUUGUCAGCUGGAGAAAGAAUCUGUAGCAACAUAACAGAUUCAUGUCAGCAAAGUGAGUGGAAGUGGUAAAGAAAGUGCCUUGGCUGGUUCCAACAGCAGAGUGAGGAGAGAAGGGAACUGGUACCUCAGGAGGGGGAGUUUGCAGCAGACUUUUAAAAGCAGCUACUGUCUACCAAAUCAGUGUUUAAUUUUUCAUAUAAACAUGUUGACACUAACUUUCCUUUCUAGUUUUUAUCCAGGAAAUAUUUGGGUUUGUAUCCAGUGAGUUUGGUAUCUAAGGAGUACUGGAGGAGUAAAGAACACUGGCAGAGCAUCAGAGCUCUUACUGCUGAUCCCCUGCCUAUGCCUGGGAAGGUGUUUUACCACAGGAAUAUCAUAAAAAGUGUCCAAAGCAUGCACAGACAAGUCUGGGAAGUGUGGAUUGAGUUGUAAAUGGGUGGCUUUAACAACAGAAAAAAAAUUUUUGCUAAAUCUGGCGUGGUUUUGAUAAAUCCAAAAAAGGUUCCUCUGCUUUCCUUGCUUAGGUACAAAACUCCAUAUGCAAAACCAUAAAUAGAUGUUUAUUAUUGUCCCACUAUGAGAGUUUACUACAUUUCCUUGUCAACAUGUUACCAUUGGAGCAAUAAAAUGUCAAGCUAUUAACAUUCAACGUAAAUUAUUUAUCACUUUAGUAAAUAAUGUUUUGUGAUUCUUCUGCCAUUCUUUUGUUUUCUGCUUUUGGUGUUCUUACAGUGUUGUAACAUACUUGUACUGCUUCAGAAAAGUGGUUUUGUUUAAGCUGUAUGAAACUGUGUUCUUAACACUUUGAUUCUGUUUACAAGUGAACAGCCACUUUUUUAACAGGACCUCACAUCUGGAGAGUUUUCUCUCUAUUUUUUAUUUUAAAUGAAAAUUCUAACUGAGCUCGCUUUCUACAAUUUACUGCACUGGCUUGUGCCAUUGAAAGAAGCUGGAAGUCAGACAUGCUUCAUCACUUUGAGACAUUUUUCUUUAAUUAAAUUUAAAGAUGAAAACCUCAAA